GGUGCCAUUGGUGGCUUGCUUGGGGCCUGGAUGACCUCUGGACAGUUCAAGCCCAUUCCUCAGAUUAUCCUGGAACUGCCCCCUGUGGAGCAGCAGCGGCUUUACACAAAUGUCUGUGCCAUUAUUCAGAAUCUGGACUGGACCGACCUAGCCCAGCUCACCGCCUUGGUCAUGUCCAACGGCGCCCUUCAACAGAAAUUGCUUGGAGUCCUGACAGACUAUAUCACUACAGAGCUCAAAGGGGAAAUCCAGUAUGGAAACUAGACUCGGAUGUGUCUUUAAGGGGGCCGAGUGCCCUUGGUUCCCUUCUGGCAUUUUAGAUUUCUUAAGAUCAUGGUUUUUAUAGGAAUAACAAGAUGGCAACUGCAUUUUUACCCAAAAUUAUCUGAACAAGGCAAGCUUUGGUUUGCCCAUGCUGUGGUUGGGUUGUUGUUGUUUUUUUGCGUAAUUAGACUCUAUUUCAAUAGCUAAGGUUGGAUCGGUUUGAGCCUCAAUGUUUAUUGUAUUUAUUUAAACAUCUAUUUAUGCCACCCCAAAAUCCCACAGUGGUAUUUGGAGUGCCUUGCUGAGUAAGCACCUCUGGUCCAUCUGACCUUCUAAGCAACAGCCUCUGUAACGGUGACGCCAUCAAAGAAAGUGCCGCCAUAGCAUCCUUGUAUUGUAGUCAAGGAGAUAAGUCAUGGCGUUUGCACUAUGAGGAUGUCACCAUUUGCUGCUCUUUGAUGUGCAUCAUUCUAGAUGAAUACACUGAACAGGUGUUGUCAGCCUUUCCUGCCCAAUUGCAGGCGUUGGAUCUGUGAUCAAUUGUCCUACCCGAAUAUGUUCCCUAGCUGAAGAGAGACAGGCUGGUGGUUGACAUAUCUUCAGGAUACCCAGUUGGAGAAACCUAACGAUUCACUGUGGUUGAACUGUGUGGUGUCCUCUUGGCCACAUUACAACGAUCAACAUCAAAUCCCUUGGAAUUUCUCAAGAGGGGGUUAACUUCUCGAUGGUAUGUGCUUCUUCUCCUUCUGCCUUAAUGUUGAGAGGGUGCAGGAGUGAAAAGUUGAAAUCGUUCCGAGCCAAAAAUGUAGCAGAUGUUUCAUCUUAGGUAUUUCUCCCGAAGAUAAGUGCAAAUAAAGCUGAAUUUUAAUGUGUGAA